AUGGAGAGGGAGCACCCCCGUCCCCUCAGCCCGGACGCCCUCCGGGAGCUCAGGGAAGAGCUCACGAUCCAGCAGGUCAUCCUGACGUCGCUUCAGGAUGUCGCCGCCGAGGGGGCCGAGCAGGAGCGUGACGAGAUUGCCAGCGAGAUAUCGCGCUUGAAGGCCCUGCUGCGGCCGACGAAGACCCCGCAGCCGUUGUCGGGCGACGAGAAUUCAAACGAUCUUGGCCAACCACCACCGUCCCGGUCCAAGUCCCAGUCCGAGCCAUCGUCACAGUCACCGUCACCGUCACCGUCACGGGCACGCUCGCCAACGCGCACCGGUACGAAUUCUCUGCGUCACGUCCUUGUCCUUUCUCGCCAUUCCGUUCCGUUCGUGUUCCCGUUCCGUCGGUUCGCUUGCGUGAUUGUGCGACUAUCGGUCAUGCACCGACGACCUAAUUCACGCGCCAGCCUUCCCGAUCCAUAUCCUCGCCCGCCUCGUCGUUCCCUUCCACCCCGCAACCCCCACACUCGACGCUGUGCCGACAAACUGCCCGCACGUCGCCUCGUUGAAAGAGGUUCCCUCGUUACUGACGCCGUCGCAGCGCAGCAUCCGGAUCCCGAUCCUGAUCCAGUCACCUCGCCCACGCACCCGACGACGCCCCGCUGUACGGUCAUGGACGAUGAAUCUCGGAGCUCGGCACGGAGCCAGAAGCGCUCUUUUGCAUCGACGAGCUUGCCUCUCGGCCCGGAUCGGUUCGCUUCCAAGCGUCGGACCCCCACACCGUCUGCCAUGAUGGGCCAUCGUCCGCACGGCAGUCCCUCCUCCUUGGGAACUCUGGACAUCAUCGAUCUCACGGGGUACGCCGUCCGCACCCUGCCGCGGUGCGCGCGAGCUAACGCGAGCAGGGAUGAUGUCGAUGCCGAUGCGAUAUGCAUAGCCGAGCAGAUCAGGCAGGAGAACAGGCACAGGCAAGAGGCCAGCGAUAGGGAGCUUGCCCUGCGGUUGUCACAGGAAGCUCCGGUCGACGUCUUCAACGAACCGUUGCCGACGUUGCUCCCAACCUCCUACUCGAACCCGGCGAUGAUGCAGGCGGAUGUUGCGUCGAGGCCGCCGGCGGUACAGACGCCUGGCAGGCAUGACGGCGCGAGUUGGCUCGUGGCUCAGACCCAGAAUCCUCCGUCGCCGGCCUACAACCUGCCGGGCUCCUAUCCCGCCGCCGGCCAGCCUCGCACCGUUGCCUCCUCGCCGGCGACCGCUCAACACUUUGGUCCCUAUCCAAUGACGCCUCGGCCGACGUCGAACCCCUUGCACGCCGGAUACUUGCACACCGUGCCCGGCCACAACUCGGCAUCUGUACCGCCGCCGCUCUCCGCGCCCCCUGCGCCCCAGUUUGUGCUGGAUUCGCAGGCAUCGUCGUACGCCGACGGGUACGGCGCCUCAUCCAGUUCCCCGGCCUUUAGGAUGGCCUCGACGCUGCCCACGUCCGGCGGAGGCUUGCUCGACAUCAUCAACAGCACCAGCAUGUUCGACUACUCAAACUACACGGACCAGAGCGGCAACGCCUUGCCCGAGAGGUUGACGAGCUACCUCCAAACCGCGUUCCACGACCCGCGCGUGACGGAAAAGGAGCUCGACGAUCUCCUCCAAAACAUCCGUCCCGACAUGGACAUUCCCGAGCGCAACCGAGAUGGGACCCCGGCCGGGCUUAAGAGCUCGCUCUAUCACCACCAAGAGCUGGCCCUCUCGUGGCUCAAGUCCAUGGAGACGGGCACCAACAAGGGCGGCAUCUUGGCCGACGACAUGGGCCUCGGCAAGACCAUCUCCAUGCUCGCGCUGAUGCUCGCGAGGCCCGCCCGAGGCCGGCCCAAGACGAACCUCAUCGUCGGGCCGCUGUCGCUGCUUCGGCAGUGGGAGGAGGAGAUCAAGUGCAGGACGAAGCUCUCCCACCGGCUGAGCGUCUUCAUCUACCACGGCAAGAAGGCGACGACGGAUGAGCUGCUCCGCUACGACGUCGUCCUGACCACCUACGGCACCAUUGCCCAGGAGUGGAAGCGCCUCGACAAGUUCGUCGAGGAGAAUGCGGACCGCAACAUCGACUUCAACGACGCCGCCACCCUCUCCAAGUUCCCGCUCCUGCACCCCACAAAGGCCACCUUUUACAGGGUCAUCCUCGACGAGGCCCAGUGCAUCAAGAACAAGGAUACCAAAACGGCCAAGGGCUGCCACAAGCUGCGCGCCACCUAUCGUUGGUGCCUGACCGGCACCCCCAUGAUGAACGGCGUCCUCGAGCUCUUCUCCCUCGUCCACUUCCUGCGCAUCAGGCCCUACAGCGCCUGGGAGAGGUUUCGUCAGGCCUUUGGCGUCCUCUUCGGCCGUCAAGGCGACCCCAAGAGCGUGGCCAUGAGCAGGCUGCGCGCCCUGCUCAAGGCCAUCAUGCUCCGGCGCAAGAAGGAUUCGCAGCUCAACGGCGAGCCGAUCCUUAAGCUCCCGCCCAAGACCGAACGCGUCAUCUACGCCGAGCUGACGCCCGACGAGCUGUCGUACUACAAGCAGCUCGAGAGCAAGUCCCAGGUCCAGUUCAGCAAGUACCUGAGGGACGGGAGCGUCGGCAAGAACUACUCGAGCAUCCUCGUCCUGCUGCUGCGCUUGCGCCAAGCCUGCUGCCACCCCCACAUGAAUCUCGACGUCGAGGAGACGCAUGCGGUCAACGGCCAGGAGGUCGUCGAGCUCGUCAAGACGCUCGACGGUGCCGUCGUGCAGAGGAUCAAGGCCAUGGAGGCCUUCGAAUGCCCCAUCUGCUUCGAUGCCGUCCAGGCGCCGUCCUUCUUCAUCCCCUGCGGCCACGACAGCUGCACCGACUGCCUGGCGCGCUUGGUCGAGACUGUUUCGAUGGCCAACUCGCGCUCCGACGACAGGGCCGAAAAGCCAAAAUGCCCCGUCUGCAGGGGCGGCUUCGACCCCGACAAGUGCUUCACGUACGAGACCUUUCGCACCGUCCACAUGCCCGAGACGAUUGUGAAGCAGGAUCGCGGUGCGACGCCCGAGCGCGACUCCGAUGCCGGCUCGGACUCGGGCUCGGGCUCCGAGUUUGCUUCCGACGAUGAAGAUGCCGACAAGCGCGGAAACCUGAAAGGAUUUGUCGUCUACGACCCUGAGGAUCCGAGCUCGACGCCGCCCAAGAAGGGCAAGAUGGCCCAGUCGUCGUCGUCCAAGGAGAUGAAAAAGUCGAGGGAAAAGGAAAAAACGAGCGAAGUCAAGCCGCACAUGCUCAAGAGCCUGCGCGUGGAAGCGGCAAAGAACAUUCACGCGUACAAAAAGUACAUGCGCUACCUGCGAAGGACGUGGAUGCCUGCGGCCAAGGUGACGGAGUGCAUGAACCUCCUCAAGUCGAUCGAGGCGAGCGGGGAGAAGACGAUCGUCUUCUCCCAGUGGACUCUGCUCCUCGAUCUCCUGCAGGUGGCCAUGUGGCACGACAAGUUCAAGCACAAGCCCCAGCGGUACGACGGAAGCAUGUCAGGUGAGCAGCGAGCCAAGGCGGCCCUCGACUUCAAGGCACGACCCGACGUCACCGUCAUGCUCGUCUCCCUGCGCGCCGGUAACGCAGGCCUCAACCUGACGUCUGCCAACCACGUCAUCAUCAUGGACCCCUUCUGGAACCCCUACAUCGAGAUGCAGGCGGUUGAUAGGGCGUACCGCAUCGGCCAGAAUCGCGAGGUUAACGUCUACCGCAUCCUCACCCGGGAGACGGUCGAGGACCGCAUCAUUGCGCUCCAGGAACGCAAAAAGGAGAUUGUCGAGGCGGCGCUGGACGAGACCGAGAGCAUGAAGAUUGGCCGUCUCAACGUCAACGAAUUAAAAUUCCUCUUCAACACGAGGGACUGA